AUGGAUACGCGGACGACGGUGAUGAUCAAGAAUAUCCCGAAUAAGAUGAGUGAUCGGGAUUUGCUGGAGUUUAUCGGGAGGGUUACGCCGCGGAGGAUUGAUUUUCUGUAUUUGAGGAUGGAUUUCCAGAAUGGGUGUAAUGUUGGGUAUGCGUUUGUCAAUUUUAUUACGGUGCAGGAUUUGUUGCUGUUUGCGAAGGCGAAGUUGGGUGUGAAGUGGAAUAUGUAUUCGAGUGAGAAGGUGCUGCAGAUGAGCUACGCGAACUACCAGGGCAAGGAAGCGCUCGUGGAGAAGUUCAAGAACUCGUGCAUCAUGGACGAGCGCGAGGAGUGGCGG